ACCCUCAGACCCAGCCCCAGGAAAGUUUCCCUUCUAGGAAGGAGAGAAGCGAAAAUGGCAGCGCGUUGGUGGCUUUGGUGUGUCUCUGCGACCGUGGCGGUGGCACUGCUGCUCGUUUACGGGAUUCCCUCAGCUUCUGCCCAGAGAAAGAAGGAGAUGGUGUUAUCUGAAAAGGUUAGUCAGCUGAUGGAAUGGACCAAUAAAAGGCCUGUAAUACGAAUGAAUGGAGACAAGUUCCGUCGCCUUGUUAAAGCCCCACCGAGAAACUACUCCGUUAUUGUCAUGUUCACUGCUCUCCAACUUCAUAGACAAUGUGUCGUGUGCAAGCAAGCUGAUGAAGAAUUCCAGAUCCUGGCAAACUCCUGGCGAUAUUCCAGUGCAUUUACCAACAGGAUAUUUUUUGCUAUGGUGGAUUUUGAUGAAGGCUCUGAUGUAUUUCAGAUGCUAAACAUGAAUUCAGCUCCAACUUUCAUCAACUUCCCUGCAAAAGGGAAACCCAAACGGGGUGAUACAUAUGAGUUGCAAGUGCGUGGAUUUUCAGCUGAGCAGAUUGCCCGGUGGAUUGCUGACAGAACUGAUGUCAAUAUUAGAGUAAUUAGACCCCCAAAUUAUGCUGGUCCCCUUAUGUUGGGAUUGCUUUUGGCUGUUAUUGGUGGACUUGUGUAUCUUCGAAGAAGCAAUAUGGAAUUUCUCUUUAAUAAAACUGGAUGGGCUUUUGCAGCUCUGUGUUUUGUGCUUGCUAUGACAUCUGGUCAAAUGUGGAACCAUAUAAGAGGACCACCAUAUGCUCAUAAGAAUCCCCACACAGGACAUGUGAAUUAUAUCCAUGGAAGCAGCCAAGCCCAAUUUGUAGCUGAAACACACAUUGUUCUUCUGUUUAAUGGUGGGGUUACCUUAGGGAUGGUGCUUUUAUGUGAAGCUGCUACAUCUGACAUGGAUAUUGGAAAGCGAAAGAUAAUGUGUGUGGCUGGUAUUGGACUCGUUGUAUUAUUCUUCAGUUGGAUGCUCUCUAUUUUCAGAUCUAAAUAUCAUGGAUAUCCAUAUAGCUUUCUGAUGAGUUAAAAAGGAUUCCAGAGAUAUAUAGACACUGGAGUAAUGGAAAUUGAAAAAAUGAAAAACGUGUGUGUGAAAAGAAGAAUGCAAUUUGUGUAUUUUGUAUUACCUCUUUUUUUCAAGUGAUUAAAAUAGUUAAUCAUUUAACCAAAGAAGAUGUAUAGUGCCUUAAGAAGCAAUUUUCCAUCAAAAUCAUGAAGUAUUUGGAUAUGAUUCUCCUCUUAACCUUCCCUUCCCAGUAAACUUUGUUGAAUAUUUAAUUUAGUGGAAUUAAAUAUUUUUUAAAAAUUUUAAAACUACUACUUCAUUUUAGUUACAACAAGGUUCAAAACUGCUUUAGUUAACUUUUGACCAUCUGAUUUUUUUUU